CUGGAGUGCUGGGGAGAGAGGAGUGUUUUCGACACGGUCCAACUUCAGGACCAAGAGUUCGGAGCAGAGAGUCCUUGUUCAGGUAUACGGGGCAACCGCGAGAAACAGCGCCUGGAGAAAAAAAAAGACAGCCGAAAAUGCUCAAGUGAAACUCGAAGGCCUUCAUCUUGGGACUGUUUGUUGGAGUGGAUAUGGAGUGCGUAGGAGCAGGUGUUUGCUUGUGAACAGCUCAAGUGGAGGAGAGAGAGAGAGAGGCAAUGGCUGUUCAGGCUGCCAUCAUGAACUCGCAGUUCCUGAAUUUCUGCUUCCCGGGCUCCGGGAUGGAGUUUAGCGUGGACAAGGGUCUGGACGGAGGCCUCGGGCUCUGCGAGUCUGACCGGGACGAGGGCGACUACCGCGAAGCGACGCGGGACCUGCUUAGCUUCAUCGACUCAGCCUCCAGCAACAUUAAGCUGGCCCUGGACAAGCCGGUGAAGUCCAAGAGGAAGGUGAACCACCGAAAGUACCUGCAGAAGCAGAUCAAGCGCUGCACCGGGAUCAUCGCUCCCGGGAGCCCCCCUCAACAGAGCUCGACCCAGGCCAGCCCCCUGGCCCCGGACCUAGCCAAGAGGCAAUGCUCUCCACCAUCGUCUCUGCAGCAACAACCAUAUCAGCAGCAGCAGCAGCAACAGCAACAACAGCAGCAACAGCAACAACAGCAGCAACAGCCGGGAACUUUCCAGGGCAAAGUGCCACCUAAGAAAGACGGGGUGCAGGCCAACCUCCAGAGCAAAAGCCUGGCUGCUCUGUUCAACUCCGCGGCCAAGGACAGCCGCGGGGAGCGGGCCAAGAAACCCCCCCUGCGCCACCGCAACCUGCCCCCCUCCUUCUUCACCGAGCCGGCCAACUGCCCCCGGGUCACGUCCACCUCCGGGAUGAGCCUCAAGGACCUGGAGCGCGGGAACCCGGAGGCGUCCGAGUUCUUCGAGCUCCUGGGGCCGGACUACAGCAACAUGCUCCUGGAGCAGGACUUCUUCCAGAUCGCCGGGCCCGGCUCCCUGGCCCGACUCCCGCCGCAGGACGUUCCGACAACGACGCCGGGCCUGGAGCCGGUGCCGUACGACUCUCCGAACUACGUCACCGGCGGAUUCGUGUACGCCGCCGAGCCUACGUGGACUACCUGCGUGGUGCCGCCCAAGAAGUCCGCCGAGGGCAUGAGGACCGGCCCCGGAGGCCAGUCGGCCGGCGUCUACGGCCCCUCGGACUCUGCGGUGGCGCCGGCGCUCCUGGAGGACGGCUCCUCGUGCGGCCUGGCCUUCCCUGCCUUCUUCACGGACUGCUCCGGCUCCCAGGUCCCGUACGACGGGAGUCUGAGCGCAGGGUACACGCGAGGGAGCUUCUCUUUAUAACACAAGCCAUGGAAACGCAGAGCCUCUGCAUCUCUGCUUUAGAGGAGAUGGAGGUAGAUGCUUCAGCUUCUGAACAUCAUUAUGCAGUAGUAGAGUGUUCUUGUUUAUAGAAUUUCAUCUCACGUUCCAAUUCCUUCCCCCACUCCAACUCAUCCACUGAUUCAUGCAGCCAAAAAGAAGGUAAAUCAUCACAUUUUUGAGCAUGUUCCCACUUAAAACAGAGUUAAACGUAUCAAACAAGUCAACUAAAGUUUGUGCUUGUUAAGAUCUUCAAGCACAUCUCAGGGGGUCAUUUGCUGCAGCCAAUCACAUUUCUUAUUUACCAGCAUGUUUUUCAGUAAGUGUAAGUGUCAGUUCAGUUUAAGUUUUCAGUAAAAGUGAUAUAAAGCUGUUAAGUUCCAAUUUCUGAACAUCUGUUCAUGUUGUGUCCGAGUCCUCUCAUGCUUCUUCGUGUCAUUUCUAUGUACUAGAAGAAGAAGAAGCCAAGUUUACAGUCCAGUAGUUAAUAGUUUUAAUAGUCCCCCUUCAAAGCAAGGCUGGAGCUACAUCUCUGUGAUGACAUUUUUAAUUAAUGGUGCUCUGACAGUUGUUUAGACUUACAACAAUCAUCUCUGUGAAUCUUUAAUCCUAGACACCAUGGCCUCUCAGUACCACUCUGCAAGUGUGCAAUGAAAGCAAGAAUGUACUCUUAAAGUUUUAAUUAAUCUUUUAUUUCCAGGGCAUUAGGUUGAAAUGACUCUACACAUGAGAAUGUGUGCUCACUUUACAUCCUAGACCUGUUGCAGAAAUCCCAAAAUAUACUAGACAAAAUGCUAACGCACAAGAUAGGAUUGAAGGGAAAGAUACUCUAUUGCAAACUAACAUUCCAUCAUUAGAUAUCAUAUCCAUUUUCAUCCUAAUUAAACAAUAAUGUUCCUAAUGUUGUCAUUUAUAUGCCUAUUGUUAGUAUGAUCAAAUCUCCUUCUUUCAUAUUUGUUUGUUGCAAGAAUAUGAAGCUGGACUCUUCAAAGUUACUGUGGACAUUCUAAAACAUUUUUAUGCAAUAGACACAGGCACCAACAUCCUUGUUAUCCGAUGUUUGUUGAAUUUAGGGUCUACUUUUUCAGAUUUUGUACAGAAAAGGGUGGGUAGGUGGGGAGUCGUGGUGUAGUAUCAGAACACAUUGUACAGAAAGUUUAAUGUGUACAAACAGAUGUAUAAUUAUGCUACACAAAUAAAGCUGGACUUUAUUUCUCCAAAAACUUUGUUGGCUAGUAAGCUAGGGUUAUAUUGGGUUGAUAUCUAUUUAAUAUGCCGCACGUGUUUGUUGAUGUGUUAACUGAUUUAAAACUCGCACAUUUAAUUCAAACGAUUACAAGAAA